GGUUGGUGGUCUUCACUUGGGAAGCCGAAUUCAAUCUUAUCUUAAAUGAUUAGACCAUCACGCAACAGCUGAUACCACCGCAAAUGUUCCUCUGACCUUCUUUUUCUUUCCCGGAGAAAAAUCCUCCGGCAACACUCUCUCGCUCUUUCCAUUAAUAUCGAAAUAAUAGAAACAGUGUUUCAUAAAUACAUACAUAAAUUUAGACACGCAUACACAUACAUAUAUGCACACACUGGAUAGAGUCCAGUGUGUGUUCAUUGAAGAAACACAACCACUAAACGCAAUCAAAGCUCGUGACAGAGAUAGAGUUGGAGAGUUCGAGUCCAGUAAUGAAAUGCUCCAACCCCAUCAUCACCAUCACCAAAUGCAGUAAUGAGGAUUAAGUUCUGUAUACACACUAUUUCAUCCAUGGUCAAUAUGGAAGCUCAAGAAAUUCAGCUCAAGAUAGCUUUCAUUUUCCUGCUCAUCAACUCAGUGUUGACUCAGCAGCAGGUCCGUCUGAGUUCUGACUCGGAAUGGUCGGCGUUGCUUGAGCUCAGGUCGUCUUUAGGGCUUAGGGCAAAAGACUGGCCUAAAAAAACCGAUCCCUGCAUAGAGUGGAACGGCGUCAAGUGUCAAAACGGCCGAGUCGUCGGAUUAACUAUAUCCGGCUUGAGUCGGACUCGUCGCGGCCGUCUCAAUCCACGAUUUGCCGUCGAUUCGUUGCCUAAAUUUACACUAUUAGAGUCGUUUAAUUCUUCUGGGUUUUCGCUACCUGGGUCGAUACCGGACUCGUUCGGCCAAAGCCUUGGUGCACUCCGAGUGCUCGAUCUUAGGUCUUGUUCAAUUACGGGUCUGAUUCCUUCGUCGCUUGGGAAUUUGAGUAGACUUAAUUUACUCUAUUUGUCCCACAAUGAGCUUAGUGGAACAAUUCCUUCUACGUUGGGUAUGUUAUCAUCUCUGUCAGUUCUUAAUCUUUCUCAAAAUCUGUUGUCUGGAUCGAUUCCGUCGUCCUUUUCGACUCUUCGCAAUCUUACAAUUCUCGACCUCUCUUCGAAUUAUCUUUCUGGGCCGAUCCCUACUGGUUUUGGUUCAAUUUCUGGUCUUCAGUUUUUGAAUCUUUCCUACAAUAGCCUCACUGCUUCCAUCCCUGUCCAGCUCGGUAAACUUUCUCGACUGGUUGAACUUGAUAUCGGAUUCAAUUCUUUGUCUGGGUCAUUACCGGAGGAAUUAGGAGGGUUGAGAAGUUUGCAGAAAAUGUUAGUUGGGAAUAAUGGUUUGGAGGGUCCAUUGCCUGCUAACUUGUUUUCGAAUCUCACUCAGCUGCGGUAUGUAGUUCUGGGUAGGAAUAAUUUCGAUGGUGAUCUUACUAAUGUUUUGUGGUCAAAUCCCCAAUUGGGUUUUCUUGAUGUAUCCAGCAAUAACUUCACUGGUGUUUUGCCCGACCUUGCCACAAUUUUUAAUGCCAGCACUUCCUUCAACUUCUCGAACAAUCUGUUCUAUGGAAAUCUUAGUUUUCGAUAUGGGGAUUUUCGUUUAGUUGAUCUGUCAAGUAACUAUUUGCAAGGGCAAGCUCCCAAUUAUACAGUAACGAAUGUUAUUAUCAUCGGAAAUUGCCUUCAGGUUGUGUCCAAUCAGUCCAAUCAGAGAAGUUCGGAUGAUUGUCAAAAGUUUUAUUCUGACAGAGGUCUAACUUUUUAUGAUGAUAGAAUCUUGGAUCCAACUGGAGAUCCACUGCCAGAGCGAAGCAGCAAAAGACCAUUGACGUAUGUAAUGGUGGGACUAUUUGGCGGACUUGGUCUCAUUAUUCUUUUGAUAUUGGUGCUGGUAGUGCUCCUAAAAACAUGCAAGAAGAGAAAUGCAAACCAAAGAAGUACGGGGACUGUCCCGGAAGGAGGCAGCUCGCCACCUCCUAAGGUUUCUGCUAGUUUUUCUGGUCUGGGACAGUCAUUUACAUAUGAACAGAUGCUCCGAGCGACGGGUGGUUUUAGCGACACAAACCUUAUCAAACACGGCCACUCCGGAGACUUCUUCCAGGGAACAUUUGAAAGUGGGUUCCCUAUAGUUAUCAAGAGGAUUGAUUUGCAUUCAAUCAAGAAAGAAUCUUACAUGUUGGAGUUGGAUAUUUUCAGCAAGGUUUCGCAUCCAAGGUUGGUCCCACUCUUGGGGCAUUGCUUGGAGAAUGAGAAUGAAAAGCUCCUGGUUUACAAACAUAUGCCAAACAGAGAUUUGUCUAAUUCCUUUUACAGGUCUACUAACUUGGAAGAUGGCAGUCUACAGUCUUUGGAUUGGAUUACAAGAUUAAAAAUUGCUAUAGGAGCUGCUGAAGGUUUGUCCUACCUACACCAUGAGUGCAAUCCACCUCUUGUUCAUAGAGAUAUUCAAGCAAGCAGUAUCCUUCUCGAUGAUAAUUAUGAAGUACGGCUUGGAAGCUUGAGUGAGGUUUGUGCCGAAGGUGGGGAAACUAACCAGAAUGUAAUCACAUGGUUGCUGCGGAUGCCACUGACCUCUGACCAAGGCCCUUCUGGCUCAACAACGGCUACUUGUGCUUAUGAUGUAUACUGUUUCGGAAAAGUAUUGCUGAGCCUUGUGACCGGUAAGCUCGCCAUCAGCAAGUCAGAUAAUGCGGUGAUGAACGCGUGGUUGGAGCACAAUCUACUUUUCAUCAGUAUACACGAGAAAGAACUGCUGUCAAAGAUUGUCGACCAAUCUCUGCUUGUAAAUGAGGACCUACUGGAAGAGGUGUGGGCAAUGGCGGUAGUGGCCAAAUCAUGCCUUAAUCCCAAGCCGUCCAGACGACCGAAAAUGAGACAUGUCCUUAGAGCGCUGGAAAACCCUCUGAAAGUGGUGAGGGAAGAAAAUUACAGCUCUGCAAGGCUACGUACUACUUCGUCUAGGAAGUCCUGGAGUGCUGCUUUCUUUGGUAGUUGGCGGCACAGCUCAUCGGAUAGUGGCAAUGGUCCAGGCCAGACAAAUCGAGAGGGUAUCAGUGGCGUAAAACAUACAGGGAGAGUAAGCUCUCAUGGCAGCGGUGCAAAUGAUCAUUCAUCUUCACGUAAAAGAUCGUCCAGUGAGAUUUUUCCCGAACCAGCUGACAUGCAAGACUUGGAGAAGCAAGAUGAGAAUUAGCAGAAAAUAUGGUUGCCCUAUUCAUAGCAUUUGGAAGCCCCCAUUUCUUCACUUUAAUCUCUUUCCCAUUCACAUCUGGGGAUAUAGGUUGUAAGUGACCAUUCAAAGGAAGAAUCGGUGAGCCUGAUACAAUUGCUCCUGUAAGACGGAUUAAGGCAAGGAUGGUGAUGAUGAUGAGGUCCCGUAAGGGGAUAGAGAGAGAUGUCGUCUUAUAGCCAGAUUUUUAUUGGUUUUGAGAGCUUGUUUUUUGUUAAAACAGGCUUGAGUUCUUGUUGUGAAUUGUAAAUUGUAAUAGGUUAGCCUUUUUUCUUGUGUUGUAUUUAAAUCGUGAUUUGUUCAGAAAGCAGAGCAAUUUAGAGAUCGUCGAAGAACGUUUUCCUGCUCGGAUUUAAAAUCUUGUAAAUACGUUUCAAAUCCUCGCGACUUUUUUUACGGAAUGUAUUGUCAGAUAUGCAUGGCUAUUUCUUGAAA